CCAGUUCCAGAGGACUUGUGAGCCCCGGUGAGGUGGGCAGGCGGCCCAGCCGAGGUCGGAGUCCCCUGCCCGGCCCUCAGUAUGCAUCCCAGUUCUCCAGUGUGUCUGGUCAUCCCCGUUGCCAGCCUGCUCUCCUGGCUGAUGACCGGCUGCGCCACCGAAAGCCCACCACAGUUCAUCAAGCACCCCGUGGACCAGAUUGGGGUGUCGGGAGGCGUGGCGUCCUUCGUGUGCCAAGCGAUGGGGGACCCCAAACCCCGCGUCACCUGGAACAAGAAGGGAAAGAAAGUAAACUCACAGCGGUUUGAGACCAUUGAAUUUGACGAAGGUGCCGGAGCGGUCUUGAGGAUACAACCUCUCCGGACGCCCCGAGACGAAAACAUUUAUGAAUGUGUUGCCCAGAAUUCGGUGGCGGAGAUCACGGUCAAUGCCAAACUGACCGUUCUGAGAGGUCUAAAUCCUCCUGAACCAACCCCAGCAUCACUGAAGUAUCUCUAUGCUUUUCUCAUAGCUCCAAUUUCCAAGCAGCAGCAGCCCCAGGCUAUAGGAUCAGGAAGUUACUUAAACCCUCUAGAGAUGAGUUCAUUUCAUACCCAGCCAGCUACUUCUUUCUACUUUCUCUAUUUUAUAGACAUGAAAGAGCAAAAGGAUAUGGUUAACUUAAUUUAUUUGAACAUGCAACCGGUUAUAUCUGGAAUGCAACCAGGGGGGAAAAAAUCGGGUUUGGAGUAUCAGGACACAUCACCGCUAGAUUGCAACUAA